GUGCCUUAUUUUUCCAGAGAAUAAAUAUGAGUGAUAGAAGAAGGUUGGUUUUUUCCAUCUUGAAGUUCUGUUCGGCAGAAAUGCAAUCCAACCAACUUUCUGAUGAUGCUAAGGAAAGCUUAGAGGUUGCAAGCCAGUGCCUACAGUCCGCCUAUGCACUCAACCUUGAGGACAAACAUCUUGAUGUUUCUCAGACGUUAGAAGAAAUAUUUAAAGCUGCUACUCUAAAUGAGCCGUUGAAGAAGAAAGGACCCCCCUCAGCAGCGGACAAAGAGGAAGCUGAACGCCUCAAGACUGAAGGAAACAAUUUGAUGAGAACAGAGAAGUUUACAGACGCUCUUCUUAUGUACUCAAAGGCAAUCGAACUUGAUGGAAGUAAUCCCGUUUUUUACUGUAAUAGAGCUGCUGCCCAUAGUAAGAUGAAUAGUCAUCAUCUAGCAAUAGAAGAUUGUCAGAGAGCAGUAGAUAUGGAUGCUACAUAUAGCAAGGCGUACGGACGAAUGGGAUUAGCUAAUUCUAGCCUGGAGAAGCAUAAGGAGGCUGUGGAUAACUUCAAGAAAGCACUAGAGCUGGAACCUGAUAACGAGAGUUAUAAAUCCAACCUACAGAUAGCAGAAGAUAAGGUUCGCACCAUGGGAACUACUGGAGGAGGAGGUUUGGGAGGUAUGCCCGGCCUUGGAGGAUUACCCAUGGGACCUGGAGGAUUUGACCUCGGAGGGUUUUUAAAUAAUCCUGCUCUCAUGAACAUGGCCAGCACUAUGCUCCAGGAUCCUAAUAUGCAGAAUAUGAUGUCCCAGAUGAUGGGUGGAGGUGGUCUGGGUGGUCUAGGAGGUAUGGGAGGGGGUCCAGGAGUUCCAACUGGAUCUGAAGGAGGUCCUCCACCUAACAUUGAAGGACUACUUCAAGCAGGUCAGCAGUUAGCUCAGCAGAUGCAGGCCAGUAACCCAGAGCUAGUAGAGCAGCUCAGGAGGCAGAUGAUGGGAGGACCAGGAGCUAAUCCUCCAGGACCUAAUAAUCAACCUCCACCAGGCAACAUCUAAACCUAUCCAACCCCCUCCUGUCAACAUUUUAACCUAUCCAACCUCCGCCUGCUGGCAACAUAUAAACCUAUCCAACCUCCACCUGGCAAUAUCUAAACCCAUCCAACCUCCUCCUGUCAACAUUUGAAACUAUCCAACCUCCGCCUGCUGGCAACAUCUAAACCUAUCCAACCUCCACCUGGUAAUAUCUAAACCUAUUUAACCUCCACCUGGCAAUAUCUAAACCUAUCCAACAUCAAAAUAAAAGAAAUUUGAAUUAUAUAUCCUGUCUAAGAACUAAUUGUUGUCUGACCUGACGCCUGAAAUUGUUAAAUGCCUAUUUUUCUUGAUAUUUUUUUUUAAUGAAAAUGAAAUGUUCUCAUUAAUGUUUAUUCUUUUGUUUGUUCUUGAUAAAAUAAGAUUAUAUUGAAAAAAUGAAUUGUUAAAUAAUCUCAGUGUCACUCUUGACAAAGCUAAGAUAUGGUUUGGAUAAAUGUCUCCUCAACCCUGCCCCUUGAUUUAAUUAAUUUAAUCUGCUUUCACAUUAUUAUAAUUGUUAAAUAUUAUUAAACGCUCUUUUUUAAAUUAUUUAAUUAGUUUUCACGCCGCGAAAUGUAAUACUUAAUAGUCAAUAAAUUUUCAUACUAGUGUUUCAA